UGGGUAGACAAUGAAUCCCUCAGGUCACUAUGAGCCUUUUCCAUUGCAAGGAGGGUACCCUGGACAGCCUGCAGGACCUUCAGUGGUUCAGCACACCGUGGUCAACAUCAGUGAGCCACCCAAGGACCACAUCAUCUGGUCCAUUUGUACCUUGUUCUAUGGAAACCCUUGCUGUCUUGGACUGGCAGCUCUGAUCUACUCUGUCAAGGCCAGAGACCGGAAGAUGGUAGGAGACCUGUAUAGUGCCAGAGGCUAUGGAACUACUGCCUUUCGCAUCAACACUGCAGCCGUCAUCCUGAUCUGUCUGAUAUUCUUCCUGAUCAUCAUUUCGGUGUCUGUCUCUGUAGCAUCAGCAUCUAACCGUAAUUGAAAAUAAAUCUCAAACUAUAGAUGCCUGCCGCUGCUUCUUUAUGAUACUUUUUUCUUGUUUAUGAGCAAAUU